AUGAAGUUCCCCUUGUUGGAUGUCCAGCGGAUCAGGCACCAGACGUGGCUGUACCGGCAGCUGAAGGUGAAUCCAGUGGAGGCUGUUGUACGACAGGUGAGAUGGGGGAAGCCGGGCCCAAGUAAGAGGCUCCUCAAAGAGGUUUCACAUGCCAGGAGGGGUAAUCGUUUCUAUGAGGACCCUCCAAAGGAAGAACGGGACCGUUUGAAGGAGGAGGCGUAUUUCCAAGGUCAAGUGCACAAGUACAGACCAAGAAACAUUGCAUUUGAAUUAAGAAGAGAGCUGGAGAGAGAGUAUAUGGACUACAAGGGUGCCAUAGAGGCAAGAGAGAGAGCAGUAGUUGGCGACGAGUUGAGAAGUGAGUUGUCUUUGGACGAACUGGUGAUUCUAUUCAGCAAGAAACUGAGUAAUUCCACUGUGAUUGAUGUACCUAUUCCACUGGAACAGUCAUUACCAUCACCAACAACAACAACAACUGCAGAAACAACAACAACAACAACUGCAGAAACAUUGCCCUCACCAUCAUCAACAACAUCUAGAUCACCAUCAGGAAAAUCAGGGCAUCUUUCUAAUGAGGCACAAAUUUACCGAUUUCUCUCCUGCGUGGCGCAUGCGCCAGACGGAGUACGGCCGGUUGUGGCGCGUGUGCAAUUGCAGAUGGUAAUUGAGGAGCUUCUUAAGGGGGGUGUUUUGGGGGCGUCGUCUAUCGCUGUUGGACAUGUUCUCUACAAUAGACAUUGGAAGUUACUCGGAGUUGAGGGGAAUUUGUCUGUAGCACGUGUGUUGCAGGACGUGUGUCGCGACGCGACAGCGGCGCGUGUUGCAAGUGAGCGAGCACUUAAACUUCGGAAGGAAUGUUUACAAAUAUCCGGGUGA